AUGGCUGGCAAAGGAGUAGCACCAUCACUUUCCCCAUCCUCCAGGACUGUUUCGUCUGAUCCUGGAAGGACUCCCUCCCCCAUCACGGUGCGUAAGUCGGCUCAUGGUGCCCGUGCGCGUCGACCCCGUCUCUCUCGGCGUGCUUGUCCAAGUUCUUCCUCGACUAUCUUUGACGACGUUCCGCAUCAGUGGGACUUCCCAUUAGAGGAUCAUAGAUCUCCUUAUCGGAACCGCGCCAUUCCUGAGAAUGACGGGUAUGGAGCGAUCAAAGCGUCGUCCUCACAAACACUUGUCGACAUCAGAAAUUCGAAAACAGAGAGGCCAUUUGUGAGCUUGAGGAAUGAAGCAUAUAUGCACAGAGACAGACAGUCGACCGCCCCUGAUCCGAGAAAUGGUCCCCAGGCAUGCUCUCAGUCGGAUUUCCAGUUUAUCGGAACGGGCCCGAACGGCACUUCUGCUCCACCACCCUUCAAUGCCGGUCAGUCACUGAUCCCUAAGCAAAGAACAACCAAUUAUCCCCUGAGAAAUCACAUCGUAUUCGACGCGGGAUCACCCGGGCGUGAAGGUCUUGGCAUAUCUGUGACCAUACCAGCUCAGAAGUCAUCUGAGCUCAAUGCCCAAGAGUGUCGGCACGGUGAUCAAGCCUCACGCCACGCUCCAUUCACAAGAUUCCAUGGUGAAACGGCAUUCAGAACCGAUUUACCUACUAAGACAUUAGAUGCAAUGCAAGCGACUUUCCAACAACGCAAGGGAGAAGAGCCCCGCUCCUUCGACAUGAAUAUGUCCUCACGAGCUCCCUUCGCACCAGAUAACAACCUACCAUUCAACCCUGACCCAUUCGGACGACCUUCAAAUAUCAUUUACUCCCAUGGCCCCACAUUCUGGAACACCCCGUUCGACAUCAGCUCCUCUACCUCUUAUCAAGGCCCAGCAUUCUAUCCUCCUCAAGGCAUCUACGCUCAGAACUCCAAUCCAGCGAUGCACCCCCGCGCCGCUCCCAUGCCACCCCUUGACUCUAGUAUCGGGGUCGACCGUCAUGGCAACAACUACAACGUCUCCCACCAGCAGCCCGCGCUCGGCGCAGACGACGACGGCUUCUACCCUAUUACUACCAACCCCGUCCCCAGCCAUCCCGGUGAAGUCAAGCGUGAGCUCACCCUCGCGAACAUUGAGGAGACGCUUGGGCCAGACUGGGCAGUUGAGGAGCAGGGAGUGAGCGACGACGCUGGAUCCGAUGCCACUUUCGAGGAUGAAUUGGACGACACUUAUCUCGAUGAGCUAGACAACACUUCUCUUGAUGAACUAGACGACACUUAUCUUGAUGAGCUAGACAACACUUCUCUUGAAAACCUAGACAACACUUCUCUUGAUGAACUAGACGACACUUAUCUUGAUGGACUGGACGACACUCAUCUUGAUGAACUAGACGACACUUCUCUUGAUGGAAUGGACGACACUCAUCUUGAUGAACUAGACGACACUCCUCUUGAUGGACUGGACAACACUUCUCUUGACAAGCUAGACGGAGAACCUUCCAGCAAUAAGCCAUAUGCCGAAUCAAACCCAUCCUCCACCUCACGACGCCGCCAAGUCACAUACAGUCCGUCCCUACCACCCACCCGCUUCCUCCGCUCCUACACGCCCUUGCUCCGCCCACUCGAACACCUCCCCAAAUACCUAUCCCAAGGCGAGUACAUAAAAGCCCAUAUUACGCGUAGCUUCCGUCGGGAAGCGAUGCAGCUCGAACUAGCGUUGCGAGAGGAGAAAUCUCUUCUGUCGGAAUGCAACAACCCUGCGGACGCGGAGAGCGAGGAUAUACGGGAGAAGGCGUUUAUGGUAAGGCGUGCGAUGGCGCGUGUUGAGGCGUAUAUGGGGGUGAUGGAGGCGGAAUUUGGGGUGGAUUGGGGGGAGGCGGGCCCGAAGGUGGAAAUUAGGGAAGGGGAGGGGGAGAGGGAGAGGAGGAGGGUGCUUUGUGAGGGCUGA